AUGGAAAGCGCUUUCGCCUAUGUUGGAAACCACCUAAUAUCAGAUUCUGCUGCUGCAAUAAACGCGGGUGCGGAUGAUCUUUCAAAUAUUGAUCCGGAAGAAAGCUUGUUAUAUGGGCAAUAUGGAGGUCAUGGUGGCUUGGGAUCCAGCAGACUAAGAAGCGAUGAUGAUGACAACGAGACUGAAGCAUUCGAUGACGAUGAUAAUGAGAGUCUGGCAAGUGUUCCACUUGAUGGAAUGAAAACUCUUGGACUUCGAGGUCUCGAUGAUGAGAAGGAACUUCCAGCUCACGCAUGCGCAUAUUGUGGAAUUCACUCUCCAAGCUGUGUCGUUAAGUGUUUGGGAUGCAACAAAUGGUUCUGCAGUGCCCGUGGAACUGCAACAUCUUCACAUAUCGUCAAUCAUCUUGUCCGCGCAAGACACAAGGAAGUUCAAUUGCACCCAAUGUCAACUCUUGGAGAUACCGUACUUGAAUGCUACAACUGUGGCAUAAAGAAUGUUUUCCUACUCGGCUUCAUUCCUGCGAAGAGUGACACCGUCGUGGUCCUCCUAUGCCGUCAACCUUGUGCUUCCGCUCCGUCUUCAAAAGAUAUGAGUUGGGAUGUAUCCAAAUGGCAACCAUUGAUUGAGGAUCGGUCCUUUUUGACUUGGCUCGUCUCUCUUCCUACGGAUGCAGAACAACUUCGCGCUCGACACCUCACGCCACCUAUGAUUGCGAAGUUGGAGGAGAUGUGGAAGGAUAAUGUCAACGCUACUCUUCAAGAUUUGGAAAAGGCAGCUGGAAUUGAUGAUGAUCCUGCCCCUGUCCUUCUCAAAUACGAUGAUGCCUAUCAAUAUCAAAAUAUCUUUGGACCUUUGGUUAAAAUUGAGGCAGACUACGAUCGUAAACUCAAGGAAGCUCAAUCCGAAGAUGGAUUAAUUAUUCGUUGGGAUUAUGGUUUGAAUAACAAACAUCUGGCCAGUUUUAUUCUUCCAAAGAUUGAGCUUGGUGAUGUAAAACUCGCUGUAGGUGAUGAGAUGCGACUCAAAUACAAGGGCGAGUUGCGACCUGUCUGGGAGGGUGUUGGAUACGUGGUAAAAAUUCCGAACAAUCAAUCUGACGAAGUAACUAUCGAACUCCGAAAGGUCGGCAACGAUAAAUCAGUUCCAACGGAAUGCACCCACAACUUUUCUGCCGAUUAUGUAUGGAAGGCAACUUCUUACGACCGCAUGCAAUUUGCCAUGAAAACUUUUGCCGUGGACGAAAUGAGUGUAUCGGGAUACAUUUUCCACAAACUUCUUGGUCACGAGGUAGCUGCAGCUCCAAUGAAAAUUCAAAUGCCCAAGAAAUUUAGCGUUCCUGGUCUACCAGAAUUGAACAGCAGUCAGAUCAAUGCCGUCAAGAGCGUAUUACAAAAGCCUUUGAGUCUUAUUCAAGGGCCUCCAGGGACUGGAAAGACAGUCACAUCCGCUACAGUCAUCUACCAUUUGGCCAAGGUCAAUGGUGGUCAGGUCCUUGUAUGUGCUCCGUCUAACGUUGCUGUCGAUCAACUCUGUGAGCGUAUACAUCGAACCCAACUCAAAGUCGUUCGUCUUACAGCCAAGUCCCGUGAAGACGUCGAAUCAUCUGUCGGAUUCCUGUCUUUGCAUGAGCAGGUCCGCAUGAAUGACAGCAAUCAUGAAUUGGCUAAACUUACUCAAUUGAAGAGCGAGUUGGGCGAAUUGUCCAGUCAAGAUGAGAAGAAGUUCAAAGCAUUGACAAGGGCAGCCGAACGUGAAAUUUUGAGUAAUGCAGAUGUCAUUUGCUGUACUUGUGUUGGAGCUGGAGACCCAAGGCUUGCCAAGAUGAAAUUCAGGACAGUCCUUAUCGACGAAUCUACUCAGUCCGCGGAACCAGAAUGUAUGAUUCCACUUGUUCUAGGAUGCAAGCAAGUAGUUUUGAUUGGUGAUCACAAACAAUUGGGACCCGUCAUCAUGAACAAAAAGGCUGCAAAGGCAGGUCUGGAUCAGUCACUUUUCGAACGUCUGGUCAAACUUGGCCUCAAACCUAUUCUACUCAAUGUGCAGUAUCCCGAUACGCCGAUGAUGUUCUGGUCCAAUCUCGGUAAUGAGGAAAUUUCUGCUUCUGGCACGUCUUAUCUCAACAGGACUGAAGCCUCAAAUGUCGAGAAGAUUGUUACUCGUUUUUUCAAGGCUGGAGUACAACCUGGAGACAUUGGCGUUAUCACUCCAUAUGAAGGUCAACGAAGUUAUGUCGUAACUUCUAUGCAAAAUGCGGGUUCCUUUAAGAAAGAGCACUACAAGGAGGUUGAAGUUGCUUCUGUGGACGCCUUCCAAGGACGGGAGAAAGAUUUCAUCAUCCUUUCUUGUGUCAGAUCUAAUGACCAUCAAGGUAUUGGUUUCUUGAGCGAUCCUAGACGUCUCAAUGUCGCUCUCACACGUGCUAAGUAUGGCCUUGUCAUUGCUGGUUCCAUGAUGAGUUCUGCUUUGGAUGACGUUUCUUCGGUACACUCAUCCCAUCUCGGCGGUGUGGGUGUUGGUUCUGCCUAUCCCGCAGGCUUUGGUAACUUCCCCCUCGCUGGCCUUGACCAUUGGCCCGGGCUUGAUUCACGAGGAUCACGUGCCAAUGGUCAAAAAGGACGUGGACGUGGACCUGAGAGCAUCGCCGGAGAAUCUGUUGCUGCUAAUGGCAGAGGUAUUGGUCAAGGUGGCGUCAGUCUUGGUGCCAACGUGCACGAAGGACAGAAACAAACUAGUUUAAGUCAGUCUGACCGCUUGAAGCAAUAUGUUGAGUCUGGCGGUCGUAUUGCUGACUACAAAACUGGCGAUGCCGGUAGUGUCUUUGGCACCAGCUCUUUGUUGGGUGGUCGUCGAUUUGAUGACGACGAGAAGAGUGUUUCUACUGCAUUCGCAAGUCAAAUCGGAGGAGGUUAUGACUGA